AUGCGGGCUGGCGAUGAAACCGAAACGAGCAUGACGCGGCCGCAAUACCCUGGGGAUGAUACUCGGCCUACCAGCAAAAAAGAACUUGCUGGAUGGUAUAGCUAUGGCUGGGCAGCAGAGGUUUUUACGGUCUGCGCUAUGGGCUCCUUCCUCCCCAUUACCUUAGAGCAAAUGGCUCGCGACCGCGGUGUUCUUUUAUCCGAUAAGGUGACUCCCUGCAGUGCUACCUUGAAUGGUCCAUCGAAGACGUCCACACAAGCCCAGUGGACGCUUUCUUCAAGAUACGAUGCCGGAGGACCAACAGUGGUAAACCAGUGUGUGGUCUACAUCUUCGGUGUCGAGAUAAAUACUGCAAGUUUCGCAAUGUAUACCUUCUCGGUGAGUGUCUUUAUUCAAGCCAUCUUGAUCAUAUCCAUGUCAGGAGCCGCGGACCAUGGAAGUCAUCGAAAGCUGCUUCUAGUGGCUUUCGCUGUGAUUGGCUCGGUCUCCACAAUGCUCUUUCUGGGUGUGGUGCCUAAGAUCUAUAUUGUGGGCGCAGUGAUUGCGAUCAUUGCAAAUACCUGCUUUGGAGCCUCCUUUGUGCUUUUGAAUUCAUUCCUACCCUUGCUGAUACGCCAUCAUCCUUCUGUGCUUCUGGGUGUUUGCGAACCGCCCCCCACUUUGGAUGGCUCUCGCGCCCAAGAAGGUCAUUCUGAUUCCACAAACGAUAUUGAUCAUGGCAUUGACUCUAACGCCACCUCGCCCCUGCUUCAUACCCCUCAAGGAAACAGCGAAAUGCGUCCUGCAGCUACCGUUGCAGUUUCGCAAGAGCUGAAGCUAUCAACUCGGAUAUCUUCUUUUGGAAUUGGAAUUGGCUACAUCGGUGCGGUUAUUCUACAAAUCGUCUGCAUCCUCGUCGUCAUCGCUACCAACCAAACUACCUUCUCCCUGCGUCUCGCACUGUUUCUAAUCGGGCUCUGGUGGUUCAUUUUCACAAUACCUGCCGCGCUCUGGCUGCGAUCUCGCCCAGGGCCACCAUUGACUACCACUCAUCAAGGGAAGCACACCCGCUCUUGGAUCGGUUACAUGGCAUAUGCCUGGAAGUCGCUUUAUCGGACAGCAGUGCGGACACGUCAUCUCAAAGACAUCUUACUGUUUCUCGCCGCUUGGUUUCUUCUCAGUGAUGGAAUUGCCACCGUCAGCGGGACUGCGGUACUCUUCGCAAAGACACAACUCAAUAUGCAACCCGCAGCUUUGGGACUUAUCAAUGUGAUUGCAAUGUUGGCUGGUGUCUUGGGGGCGUUUUCUUGGAGCAGUGUUUCGCGAGUAUUCAAUCUGAGCGCGUCACAAACAAUCAUUGCAUGCAUUCUCUUAUUCGAGCUAGUGCCUCUCUAUGGUCUUUUGGGGUUUAUUCCAGCAAUCAAGGGCCUUGGAUUUUUGGGCCUCCAGCAGCCAUGGGAGAUGUUCCCACUGGGAAUUGUGUAUGGGAUUGUCAUGGGCGGCCUGUCCUCUUACUGCCGCAGUUUCUUCGGAGAGUUGAUUCCUCCUGGCAACGAAGCAGCAUUCUAUGCUCUUUAUGCGAUUACUGACAAAGGGUCGAGCAUUUUCGGGCCUGCAAUUGUCGGCAUCAUCACCGAUCGCUACGGUGAAAUACGCCCUGCAUUUGUGUUCCUUGCAAUUCUGAUAUUUCUCCCAUUGCCGCUAAUGCUACUUGUGGAUGUUGAACGAGGGAAAAGAGAUGCGCUUGCUCUUGCUGCAGAAUUGCAGCCAUCAGGCGCUCAAACCUACGGAACGCUUCCAGGACACGAGGAUCGCGCCUCGCCAAGUGAGCUAUAG